GAAUUUGGGCUUCACCCUGGGUUCUUUCAACUGCCGUCUCCCGGUGCUCGGGAAUGAUUAUAGUGUUCUUGCUCAUCCUCAGGAUGAUGCCUUCAACACAUGCUUGCCUGCAAACUAUUCCAAGUACCACACCAUCUCCAACAGGUUGUUGUGGUGAGGUAAUAUACUUGCCAACCCCGCGACCAAAUCUUCCCGACGGACAAUACGUUCCAGUGUAUAGCGGUACUCCUGGUUGUAACACUGGUGUUGCAAUUACUUGUUCAUCAUUCGACACAACAUUGGACUUGCGAGCGGGAAUCUUUGGUAAUCAGAUUUAUUAUUUGAACGGUGACGUUGAUACUGUAACUGUCGAAUUUACAUGUCAGAAUGGGGAAUGGAUCUACACUGAUCAAGGACAAUCAAUUGCAAUUGAUACCGUUGAAUGUGUACUUACUAAUUUGGCAACAGAACCAUAGUUUUUCAAAUUAAUUUUUUUCGGGUUUAUUAUGAUAUCAAGUAUCUCUGUUUCCAUAAAAUUUAAAAUUUCCUUCUAUGAUUCCCGAAAGAUGAAAUUUUAGAUAGUUCCAUCACCAACAUCGAUUUGUAAUAUAAUUGAAGUUUUUUGUAUCUAUUAAAUUGUUGAAUUAAACAAAUACAUAGUUCAUUCAUUUAAUUUUUCGAUAUUAAAUUGUGUUUCUUUCAACUGUUUCAAUCGCUGUUUUGUGAAAUCCCGUAAUAUUCUGGGGUAAGUUAAUUAAGUCAUAAAAUGGUGAGAAACUUUUCAUGAUUUAUUUCGAUUUU